AUGUCCGAGGACGACCGUGCAGCGAAGGCUGCACGAGCGCGUGCCAUGCUCAAGAAGAGGCAGCAGCAGAAGGCUAGUGGUACACCAGCUGCUUCUAGUCCCACCAUUUCAUCCCCGAACCUCCCGCCUUCGCGAGCAUUCUCACCUGCGCCUUCGGACACCUCCCUAACGGUCGUGGAAGAUGAGAAGGGCACCAGGAAUGCAGGAGACCUUUUCGGGAAGCAUGCUCCGGAGAAUGGCUCAGAUGCGAGCUGGCUGUCCGGGCUACAUCGAGUGGACUCUAAUCCGUCGCAUGCGGUAGCUGUUCCCUCACCUCUUGUAGUAUACUCGCGUUUGCCCACUGCCGGUAGUCCCGCAACUAGCCCACCUGCAACUAGCACAUCUGUUAUCAGCCCACCUAUUUCCAGCUCGCCUAUAAUCAGCCCGCCUGCCUCCAGUCCCUCCUUCUCACCGCCUACUAAUGCCACUGAACGAGAGUAUUUGCGUGCCUUAGUCCAGGACCAACGACGCGCCAUCUCUGUGUUGGAAUCAGAAAAGGCUUCAUUGACUGCGUCACUGGAGCAUCUAAAGCAAAUGGAGUCGAAGGCGCAGCAUACCCAUGAGCUCCUACAAGAAGAGUGCGCAAAGUCUGGAAAGCUUCAAAAGGAUCUCCAGCGAAUAGAGGCGGACGCCAAACAACUUUCAGGACAGCUGAAACGGCAAGAGGAAACAGCGGCGGCGACACUAGCUUCUGAGACGGCCUCGUUAAGCCGGACCAUUGACCAAUUGAACCUGGUGCAGUCUAAGGUCCAGGAGACCGAAGCCGCCCUCAUCACCGAGCGCAACAGCUCACGGACUCUCCAUGAACGCAUCAAGGAGCUUGAACGAAGCGUCCAGGACUACGGCGACCGCUCUGAUCAGCAACAGCAGACCAUCUCUCUUCUAGUGUCAGAGAAAACAUCUUUGACUGCUUCGCUGGAGCAACUAGGAGAUGUUGAGUCAAGAUUGCAGGAAGCGGAAAGCCUACUUCAAACUGAGCAAGAAAACGCAGAGAGGCUUCAAAAGCUCGUGCACCAGCUAGAAGCUGAAGGACGCGAGUCCGCUGACCAGCUCAUCCAGCUUUCGUCCAGCGAGAAGGUGCUGACGGAUAAAUGCAAAGAUCAAGAGCGAGAAAUCCAACUGCUAACAGGUACCACUAGCGAAUUGCGUAACCAAGCGGAGCAGUAUUCUCGUCGGAUACACGAACUGGAAGAACAAAUCCAGAGCGAUGAUCGCGUAGAACGCCUGGAGGCGACGCUGCAGAAUACCCAGGACCGCGCUGAUGACCUAGAAUUCCAGCUCUCCAAGCUGAAACAGAUCAAUAGUGCUAUGAAAGCCGAGCGGGAUGCCUUCGAAGCACAGGUCCGCCUGCGGACUGAUGCAGAGGCAGACUGGCGUGGCCGCCAUGCUGAGUCGGAGAAACAGCAUGCCACGACGCAGGAGCAGCUCGCAGCCGUAGCUGCGGAACGAGACAGCUUGGCUAAUGACAAAACAUCUCUGCUGUCCCAGGAAGAAGACCGCCAGAGCGCUGUCAACGACCUACAACAGAGACUGGCACGCCUCGCCGCAGAGCUGACGACCACCGCUCGACAACUGCAGCAGGCCCAGAGCGACGCGCGGACGGCGAACCUGCGGGUGGACGAGGCUGAACGAAUGCAGACGCAGCUGCAGACCGAAGGGUUCACUCUCAUGCGUAAUGUCAAUGAGAUGCGCCCGAAGAUCGUCGAGCUUACAAACGCCAAGCUGGAUCUCACUGACAAAGCGGACAGCCUGCAAAACGCGUUGCGAGCUCGUGACGCGACCAUAGCCCAGCUGGAAGCCAGCCUGGAUGAGCUGCGGGACGGCAAAGAACAGGCGGACAGGGAACGGCAGGCGGCGAAGGUUACUUUGGAGAAGGAACGCUCGUCAUCCCACGAAAGCACGUUAGAGCUCCACAAAGCAUAUACUGAACUGCAGUUAGAACUCGAGCAGACACGCAGUAGCAUCCAGGACUUGGAAGCCGAACGCGCCAACUACCACCAGAUGACGGAGCGUCAUUUUGAGGAGGUCGACCAUCUGUCUUCUACUUUGCAGACGCACAUGGAACAGCUCUCCCAACUACGUAUCGAGUUGGAAGAGCGCCAGCGUGCGCAGGAGGAAGCGCAGGACUUCCUCGAGCAUACCCGGGGCGAGAUGGAUGCGCUGCGCGCUGAGCUCGCAUCGAAAGACGAAGAGCUGGAACAUCUCCGGGAUGCGGUCUCGUCGCCAUCCACUCCCGGACCUCACUCUCUCGACGAGGAGAUGUUGAGCUCAUUGAAGCAACAACAUGUCCUCGAGUUGUCUUCAGCACAGUCACAAAUACGCUCGCUCGAGACGUCCAUCUUCCAGGCCGAAGCACGGGCACACUCGUUGCAGAAACAGGUUUCGGUAUUGGAGGAUCAGCAUGCGCAACUACGUCCGUCUUCUCGCGCGUCGCAGAGAUCUGCCCUACCUUUCCGGCCUUCUAGUCGGGCGGUCGACCAUUCAGAUGAGCUGCGUCGCGCGUCAUUCACGUCUCACAGGUCACCCAAUCUUGCGCCGCCCCCGUCCGCGUUCGACGGGUUGUCACUGGAGGCUCGGCACAAGCGGAGGGUGAGCCUGGGCAUGCUGAAGGCGCGCAUUGACAGUGAAGUCGCGGCUGCUAUCAACACCUCUCGUCCAUCGUCAAAGUUAUCUUCUCCCCUCCCGAGCUUCGCAGGCCUCUCUACAGUCGUCGAGCCCUUCCCUGAACCAGCAUCUCCGUCGUUGAAGAAGCCACAGUUCUUGGAUGAAGCUCACAUAUUCUGGUGUCAUUCGUGCGAGGGCGACCUUGUAAUCCUAUAG